AUGACACUACAACCCACAGUGACAGAAAAGCCGUUUGAUACCAACAUGAGUCGCCAUAAUCCAAAGGCAGAAAGGGUUGUGAUCACAGAGGAACACAAAGUAUUAUGCCCUGAGGAAAAAGAGUUGAAAAGACAGGAAGAGGCUUUGCAACUAGUCAAGGAUCUUCGAAGCUCACCUGAAUGGAUUGAAGCUAUUUCUCAUGGUUAUCUGACUGAUUCAGCUAGAGAGCAUUCGCUGACAGCACACUCACUGCGAGGCCAGGAUAAAAUUUUGCGUCGACCAUUGAAAUUCUUCAAUCAAGACAAGACAAAGUGCAUUGUCAUUUUACAUUUAGGGGAUCAUUUAUGUGGCCAUCAUGGAUUUGUACAUAAUGGACUAUUAGCAACAUUAUUGGAUGAGCAUUUGGCAUUUGUUUCAUUACCUAGUUUACCCAAUUACACAGGAUUCACGGCUAAUUUAAAUGUCGAUUACAUCCAACCUGUCAGACCAAAUCAAUGGAUUAGCAUUCAUGGCGAAUUGAACAGAGUAGAAGGACGAAAAGCCUAUGCAGACGCAUGGAUAGAGACUAUGUUGGAUGGAGAACGCAUGGCAGAAGCACAGUCGCUGUAUAUCAGUCCUCGACAAGCUUAA